UCUUUGAAUGCUAGCCACCCUUCUUUACUUAUGAACACAUUCUCUCUCUCUCUCUCUCUCUCUCCCUCUCUCUCUAUACCGUGUAUUAAUAAUUGAGUGGAACAACUAGAAGCUCGAUCGAUCAGUAUUUUCAGCAACACUUCAAAGCCUGAAGGUUUCUCUCUUUUUCUUGUCAGACAAACACACACACACACACAAAAAUGGCACCAGCUUCGACUUUCCAUCAGAACUCAAAGACAGUAUGCGUUAUGGACGCCUCAGGCCGCCUAGGCUCGAGCAUGGUCGACCGCCUUCUCCAAAGAGGCUAUACCGUCCACGCUGCGGUUCAACACCAUGAUGAAUUGCAAUUUAGUGGGCUUUCUUGUGAUGAUAGAAAGAACCUAAAGAUUUUCCGUUCAGAUCCCUUCGACUAUCAGAGCAUAAUCCAUGCUUUGAAAGGCUGCUCUGGCUUGUUUUACACAUUUGAGCCCCCACAAGACCAACCCGCCUAUGAUGAAUUUAUGUUGGACGUGGAGGUAAGGGCAGCACACAACGUGUUAGAAGCUUGUGCACAAACAGAGACAAUUGACAAGGUGGUUUUCACAUCCUCGGCAACAGCCGUUGUUUGGAGAGACGAUCGGAAGACGAUAGAGUCAGACUUGGAUGAGAGACAUUGGAGUGACGUUAAUUUUUGUCGUAAAUUUAAGUUAUGGCAUGCUCUAUCAAAGACAGUGGCCGAAAAGACAGCAUGGGCCUUAACAAUGGACAGGGGAGUCAACAUGGUCUCCAUCAAUGCAGGCCUGCUGAUGGGUCCCGAUGUGUCGAUCAGUAACCCGUAUAUGAAAGGAGCGGCUGAGAUGUACGAAGAUGGGGUGUUCGUGACCGUCGAUCUUAAAUUUUUGGUGGAUGCCCACAUCUGUGUCUUCGAAGACAUCUCAUCCUACGGACGUUAUUUGUGCUUCAACCAUGUCGUUAAUCGGCAUGAAGAUGCUCUUAAGCUAGCCCAAUUGUUGACUCCUUCUGCCCCCAUGUUACCUCAAAGCUAUGACCAGGAUAUGAGGAUCAUCCAACAGAGGAUAAGCAACAAGAAAUUGAACCAAUUGAUGGUGGAUUUCGAGUGUGGAUCCCAGGUGGCUGAUGCACCACCAGCGUAAGAUGAUGGUGAUUGAUUAAGGCAUACGCUUCAUACGUUGUUUUUCUCAUCCAAAUUGAAACGAAACAUUUGAUACAAUUGGGUUGAAUCUGGUAGAUUAUUCCCCAUUUUUUUUUUCUUUGAAAAAAAAAAAUGUAUUAUGAUUCAUCUACUUAGUUGUUUUAGAUCACUAGCAUUCAUAGUAGUUUAUGUAUUUUUAUUUAUUUUAUAUAUAAAUUAUAUGUAAAAUGGCUAACCAAAAGCCUAAAUAACAUAUUUAUUUCGAUUUUCUAAAACAAA